GUGUCAAUCAAACUGCACACGUCAAGCCCUCGGAGACCGGAACUACUUUCUGACGUAUUAGGGGGCCAAGGGUCAUAUAGAACAUUCGCCUGCCACAUACGCCUCUGUCGCACUUGUUUGUUUUUGUCCAAAAAAAAAAGAAACAACCUUCGAAAACAGGCAGAUCUGGGCAAAGACAUGGCACGUCUGGUGGCUGUCUGCAGAGACGGGGAAGAGGACUAUCUGUUUCUUGCACGCCAGAUUCCCUUGUACAUCGAUGACUCACUCACGAUGGUGAUGGAGUUUCCUGACAGUAUUCUCGACUUUGAUAACUAUCAGAUCAACAGUUCACAAAUGAAGCAGUUUAUUGAGCAUCACAGCAUGCUAAAGCAGCAGGACCUGAACAUGGCGUUGAUGGUGAUGUCUCGUGAGGUGUUCAGCGCUCUGUCUCAGUCGGUGCCGUGCGUGGGCUGCCGGCGCAGCGUGGAGCGUCUGUUCUCUCAGCUCACGGACUCUGGAUAUUUUGCACUGGAACCGCUCACUGUGGGAUCCUCUGGAGUGCUGUCAGUCACACGAGCGUGUCUCACAGACCCCAGGAAGCUCUACACGCUCUUUUAUGUUCAUGGGUCAAAGUUAAACAACGUAAUUGAUUCCAUUCCCAAGAGUAAAAAGAAUAAACGCUGUCAGCUGCACUCUUUAGACACUCACAAACCGAAGCCUUUAGGAGGCAGCUGGAUGGACGUGUGGGAGCUGAUGUCACAGGAGUGUCGUGAUGAAGUGGUUUUGAUUGACAGCACCUCUCUGCUGGAGACUCUGGAGACGUACCUGCGCAAACACCGGUUCUGUACGGACUGUAAGAACAAGGUUCUGAGAGCAUAUAACAUCCUGGUAGGAGAUCUGGACUGCAGUAAAGAGAAGGGCUACUGUGCAGCUCUGUAUGAGGGGUUACGCUGCUGCCCCCAUGAGCGCCACAUCCACGUCUGCUGUGAAACUGACUUCAUCGCACACUUACUGGGCCGUGCAGAACCAGAGUUCGCCGGGGGUUAUGAGCGUCGAGAGAGACACGCGAAGACCAUAGAUAUCGCACAGGAGGAGGUGCUGACGUGUCUAGGAAUUCACCUGUACGAGCGGCUGCACAGAAUCUGGCUGAAGCUGCGAGCAGAAGAGCAGACGUGGCAGAUGCUCUUCUAUCUUGGCAUUGAUGCACUCCGCAAAAGCUUCGAGAUGGCAGUGGAGAGGGUUCAGGGCAUCAGCCGGCUGGAGCAGCUCUGUGAGGAGCUCUCAGAAGAGGAGCGAGCCAAAGAACUCAAACAGGAGAAAAAGAGGCAAAAACGCAAGAACAGACGCAAAAACAAGUGUGGCUUUGAACAAGAGGCGGAGGGGGAAAAAGACAAAAGUCUUGAGGAGGGUUCGUCUGAGUCUGUGGACGGCGGCUGUAAAUCGUGUGGCAGUGGAGAGGAGUCUGUCGGCAGUGUGGAGGUCAUCAUCACCAGCGAGAGUUCAUCCUGCACCUGCCCUGCUGCCUCCAUCCUGCAUUCCCCCAAAACCAAGAAAGCACUCUUGCCUCACAGUAACGGCAGUGACUGUGGCUACUGUUCCAGUAUGGAGGGCAGCGAGACGGGAUCCAGAGAGGGCUCAGACGUGGCCUGCACCGAGGGCAUGUGCAACCAUGAAGAAACGGGUGAAUAUUCAUGUAGUCACCGCUGCUUAGAGGAGAAGGAAGAGGAUGCUGUGGACAGCUGUGUGGAGUGUUGGGCAAACUCAGAAGACAACACGAAGGGCAAAAAUAAAAAGAAGAAAAGAAAAAACAAGGCGUCACUUUGCAGGGGCGAGCAUGGUCCUAAAGUGGAGGAGAGCUGCGUGUCUGACGGCAGUAGGAGAGAAUCUGGAUCUCCUGCCGUUCACGAGUCUCCCUCCCCUUCACCGCACCUGUGCAGAAGCAAAGAAACUCCAUGCUGUGAAUCCUAUGAGAGCUUCAGCCAUCAUGUGAGCAGCAGCAGACACUUCCACAGUCAGCCUGUCUUACCGGACACCUGCGCACAGGAGAACAGCUGCACCAAGAGCCUCAUGGAGUUACUGAAUGAAUCUGAAGUGACCUCAGAUGAAGAGAACUGUCUGACGCAGGACGAGAUCCAGUCAUUCGUAGAGAACAACAAAUCGUUCUAUCGCACACGAGACCAGUACAGACAGCACCUUAAAGAUCGCUUCACCAAAUACUGCCGUGGAGAGUGGCUGCCUGCCACCAGCGUCAAUUAGACGCACACUAACUCACACUUAUUUUUAUAGAGCGUCAAAACACUCAUGAUCACUGCUGCAUUGAGUUUGGGAAUAUGAAAUGGGUAAGAGAAUCAAUUUCAGCGCUGUAUUUGACGAUGUUCAUGUUUGUUGGGUAAUGUUACACGUCUUUCGGAUCUAUAUACACGUCUUCACCCCUUCAGGCCCCUCCUCUUUCACUCUCAAUCCUUCUCAACCACUCACAGCUGGCUUUGUUUUCCUUUCUCUCUUGACACGCUGAUUAGGGAGAAGGUCGUUAGGACCACAGUUGUUAAAUUGAUCAUGGAGCUUGCAGGCCUUGACUGUAGGGUUAGGUGUUGGUAGUCUUAAUGUAUUGUUUGUUAAACAUUUCUUUGUUUCUUUUUCUCCCAAAUUUUCACUGACUGUGACAGUUUUAGUGGCAAGAAUUGUACCGAUAAAUGUGUACAGAAAUAAUUAUCUGAAUAAAAAGAUUUUACAGGAAGAUGAAAACAUCCAUUUAUAAAGAUGACUGGAUGUGAUGUUGAAAGCAAUGUGCAAAAUUUACAAAAUAAAGAAUAUUUAUUAAUAUGCAUCAGAUUUGAAUGUAUUUUCUGUGUGUAAUUGGAUUUCAUAAAAAGAUGAAUAAU